GGCCGCCGCUGCGGGGGCUCCGGGGCUGAGCGCAGCGCCCUGCUGGGAGCGGGCUGCAGCCGGGCAGCGCCAGCCGGGCGGGAGCGGGGAGCAGCCCGCUGCUGCCUGGAUGCCAGAGGCUCCCCGGGAGCCGGCGGCCAGAGGCACCCCGGAGGAGGAGGAGGACGAGGCGCCUGGGCUGUGAGCGGAGGAAGCAGGCGGCACCGCUGGCCAUGGCCUCCAACUUUAACGACAUCGUCAAGCAGGGCUAUGUGAAAAUCCGCAGCAGGAAGCUGGGGAUUUUCAGGCGAUGCUGGUUGGUUUUCAAGAAGGCUUCUAGUAAAGGACCCAGAAGGCUAGAAAAAUUUCCAGAUGAAAAAGCGGCAUAUUUCAGAAAUUUUCAUAAGGUAACUGAGCUUCACAACAUCAAAAACAUAACCAGACUGCCUCGAGAGACAAAGAAGCAUGCAGUGGCAAUUAUUUUUCAUGAUGAGACAUCAAAGACAUUUGCCUGUGAGUCAGAACUGGAGGCAGAGGAGUGGUGCAAACAUCUUUGCAUGGAGUGUUUAGGAACCAGGCUCAAUGAUAUAAGCCUUGGGGAGCCAGAUUUGCUUGCUGCUGGAGUCCAGAGGGAACAAAAUGAGCGAUUCAACGUAUAUCUUAUGCCUACACCAAAUUUAGAUAUCUAUGGGGAAUGUACAAUGCAGAUCACGCAUGAAAACAUCUAUCUCUGGGAUAUCCAUAAUGCCAAGGUCAAGCUGGUCAUGUGGCCUCUGAGUUCUUUGAGGAGAUAUGGUCGUGACUCAACGUGGUUCACAUUUGAGUCUGGAAGGAUGUGUGACACAGGAGAAGGACUGUUCACCUUUCAGACAAGGGAAGGAGAGAUGAUCUAUCAGAAAGUCCAUUCUGCAACACUGGCGAUAGCUGAGCAACAUGAAAGACUAAUGAUGGAGAUGCAGCAAAAGGCACGGCUCCAGACCAGUCUGAGUGAACCAAUGACAUUAUCCAAGUCAAUCUCACUUCCCCGUAGCGCAUACUGGCAUCACAUCACCCGACAGAAUAGCGUUGGAGAAAUCUACAGUUUACAAGGAUAUCUAAUGGGAGAGUCGUCAGAUUUCCUGGUUUCUUGGUCACGGACUGAUGAUAUCAAACCAGGGAUGCAGGUCACAGUCUCAGUUCAACAAAGGUGUCUCGUGCACAGACGUUUCCCAGCUACACCUCAGAACCGGGCAAGGAGCACCAGCAGUCCCUGUCGCUGUCUAGCAGCUAUGGAUUCAGCUUCAGUUCAGCCCUCAUCCAAUGAUACACACACAACAGAUGACCAGAGAGACAGUCGAGCCUGGAACCUGCCAGUAGGUUCAGAAAGCCAGUUGCACCCUCAGAAUCCACGAAAGACAAAUUAUAAUGAAAAUUGAGGCCUACUAGCUCCAGUCUGGUCACAGUGAAGAUUAAAAACUGCAAUGCAACUUCCAUGAGGCACAGGCUAAGUCUUUUUAUUUAUUAAUUUUUUAUUUUCUUUGGUCCAUAUGUAAAAACAACCAGACAGAUUCCCAGGUGUAAGAAAGCAAUUGAAUCCAAUGAAACCCUGCUGGUGUGAAGCGGAGGUUUCUGCUUCACAGGACACCACCUGUUCUGGAGUGGAAACAUGAUGACACAAUCAACGUUAGACUUGUCCCCCAACACUAUGGUCAAGUUUGCCCAUCUCCAUUCCCACUGACAGCACCCACCUUUUUAUAUCGAAGUGGCCGCCCAUUGGUUCCAGUUGGUACUGGAAAAGUGUUGUCCGUUAAACAGUAUAGCGACUGUAGAUGUUAUCCUUAGAAAUAAGCAAAGCUGCAAUUACAGAAAGUAGAACACCUUUUUAAUCAGGUUCCCAUGGCUACCAUGUAUAACUAAACAUGUAUAUUGGGAGUAGCAAGAUAAUCUUUAGUAACAUCUUGGGAAAUACAAUUUGGUGCAUUAAAAGUAAUAUUACUACCUAGUUUAGCUCUCAUUUUAAAUUCCUACGGCCAAUUUCUGCCUCUGAAUGCCAUUCAGAGCUGUACAUACAUAUCUAAAGGGCAGAAUCCGGCUCUUAGAACUGUGAAGUCUUCACACCUGCAAAAUAUCUAAACAGGACUGUCUACUGUUAUGACAAGUAUAUCUUUAAAAAAAAAAGAGGGGAAACUAUUCUUCAAACAAAGGAAUCUGGGCUGAAAUCUUGAAAGGCAAACUCCUAUUCUACCUAAUGAGCUAGAUUCUUUGCUAGUGUCUAGCAGCCUAGCUCUAUUCUUAUGCUUCUGGUCAUUGUUACUUUGAUUUUUUCAGUUUCUUUCCAGGAUUUCUGUUUUAGCCACAUUGUGUGUUGUGUAUGAUUGUGGAUCAAUUAAUUGGAAAGACAUGGAACAAUUCUAAACUAGGCCUUUCCGUGCUUGAAAGGCAUUUAAAAAAAAAACCUGCUAAGUUUGUUUAGAAUCAGUAAGGAAUAAUGGGGAAGGCACAAAUGUAGGUCUGGAGAAUGAGUUUGAGCUGCCCUGAAUAUUUAAUUUUUCAUAAGGGUCAUCAAUUAUUUAUGUGCAGCAUCUGAGGCUCUGAAAUGCUGGAAAUUGGGGGAACAAAAGAUCUACUUGCUGUGUAUCAUGUGAGCCAACCAUACAGUCCAUUCUCUUGUUUUCUGCGAUUACCAGAGGAAUUCUUGUCAUUAGUUGUCAGGACUGGCAGAAGCAGCAUAACAAGGAAAAGAGCAGAAGAUUUUUUUUCCAAUUACAUGAACAGUUUUAUCUAUGGUAAUUUAACUGAAAAAAGGCUGGUUUUUUUAUAAAAGAAAUGUCUGCUUUGACUAAACAUUUAUUGAUAAAGUAUGUUUGACUUUUCUCCAAACAUUUUACAGGCUAACAGAUUGCAAGCUUAUACACCUCAGUGAACAGCUGCUGAACGAAAAGGUUUGUGAUUUGUUUGUUACAAAGUGCAGCUGAUUCAUUUAAUCAAGGUUAUUCUUUUCUUUCUUUGCCUUUCUCUUCCCAGUCCUUAUUGGGCCUCUUCCCCCACCACAUUCACAAAUAGAACAGCCCCCUGUAUAGCAUAACGGGCUAACACCACAAUGGAAAUAUGCCAUCCCACACUGUCAGCAAAUUGCACCCAUGAUACUGCACCCAUCAAUAAAGCCUCAGCUACACUUUUCAUUUUUAAAAAGAAAAUCAGGUUCAGAUCCUCAGCUGGUAUAAUUUGACAUAAAUCCAUUGUUCAAAGGAGCUAUGCCAGAUUUACAUCAUUUGACAAUCUGGCCUAAUAUUUUUACUUCUUUGUAACUGGAAAUGCUGCAGCUUGCCCACAAUGAGAAAGAAAAUGUGUGUGUGUGUGUGUGUAUAAUUUCCUUUGUAUUUCUUGGUCUAAAUACUCGUUUCAUGACCUCAGAUUCUCAUUCAUUGUGUCCCUCAGUGAUAUCAAUGGUGGUCACUUUAUAUUUAUACAUACAUCAUGGUCCAAAAACAAGGGAACUGGCAGGGUUAAAAGGGAAGCAUUGGAAUUGCCAUACGGACCACAUGUCCAUAUAUUUCAGAAUCCAGCCUCUGAGGGUGGCCCACAGCAGUUGCUUCUGAUUAUACCUCAUUAUGGAGAUUUUCUGCUUUUGAGUUGUAUGGAUGAUAUUACUGUCUGACCCCAGCUGGUGAUCACCUCAUAUGGUGAUAUAUGAUUGCUGAUAAUCUGUGUUAUUUUAGUCUAGCCCUUGUAACAGCAGAAACUAUCUGCUGCCCCCUGCAAAAAAAAAAAAAAAAAAAAAAAAAAAGCCACUUAUAGGAAUCUUAGUAACUGCCUUUAUCUUCAUAACUUUGAGUGGCUAUAAUUUCCAAACCACUCAUACUUUUAUCAACUCUUUAACCAGUCCUUGCACCUUCAGGUGCAGCUAAAACAAAAGAAAAAGGAGGGAAAGUAGGUCCAAAAUUAAGUUAAAUUAAACCUAUAGAAAACCUGAUUUCUCAGACAGUGAACAAUGAACUUGCAGCAUCUUAUAAAGACUCGUUAAAAGAAAUCCCCAGACACAGGGAUUUUCAGAAGCAGAUGAGUAGAUUGCACAGUUUGCUUUAUGUGCCACCCCAGAAAAGCAGGUGAUACAGCUGAAGAGGUUUGGGUUUGUCAUUCUCCAGAAGAGUGUUACACUUCCUACAAGAACCGUUACACUUCCUACUAGUGCUAGCCAUAUCACAAACACUGCCUUCUUUGAAUUACAGUAACUCGUGGCAUAUGCCUGCUUAUGAUAUGAGUGGCUUCUCACUGAAACAAGCUUUUACAGCUCCUAAUGGGGUUCUGCCAGAAGGAGCUUCCUUUUUGGCACAUAGCUGAGCUGCAGUCUAGAGACCAUCAGGGUCCAUAAGGAGCCUUUGGACCACAAAGAGUCCUAUUCAAGUCUCAGCUUCAUUCCUGUGCAACAUACACAGAUAAGAAGUCCACUCCUGAAGCAUGAAAAAUGAACUCUGAUUUCAGUUCCUGGGCUGUGUAGAGUAAGAGGGCAACAAAAUGACUUCUUUGGUUCUGGUAACAUGAAUAUAUCUAAUUAGCUUUGAUAUACACUUUGAAAAGGACUUUUCUAAUAUAAAUACCCAGGGUGUACAUUAGUCAUUAUAUACAAAUGAGGCUCUGCAUAGAUGCACUUAACUAGAAUCAUAGCAUGUGAGAUGUUCUAGUAGAUUGUCACAUGCUGAUGUCUUUAAGCUGUAGCAUUCACUUAGGGCAGAUAAGAGGAAAUGGAGUGGAGACCAGUGAUAAAUAAUGAAAUAUGCUUCUAAAGUAGUGUAGUUUCCUCAGGGUUGUCAGUGCCACCCCAGUUUUUAAUACAUUUGAUCCAGUGUGACACUUUUUGCUUUAAAUUUGGCUCUGAGUAUACCAUUAUGGAUCAAAUUUUGCUUGCCUGCAUUAAAUAUCUUGAAAUCUGGAGCUUAGAGUCUUCUUGUAGAAAAAUUGUACAACUAUUUGGGCUUUGCUUUUGUCUUUUCCAAUUUGAUCCCAGUUCUCCAGCUACACGCUGUCCUUCUAAAGUUAUGCUCUUGAGUUGGUGCAGGUAGAGCAAUAGGAAAAAGCUUACGAAUCUGUUGGUAAAGUAAAUGCAGGUAUCAAAUUUGUUAGGAAAGCUAUUCUGUUUCAUUCUAGCAAAGGUCUAACAUGAAGUUUCUAGCAAAUCUUACAUUUGACGCCAUAGAAACAAAUCAGAACCAGGUAGUAAAAUAAACAUACUGUUUUUAGCUAUGCCUUGCAUUAGUUCCUCCCUGUUAACCAGACCAAAUUUUAUGGGUGGUGUUGGGACAAAACAGCUGAAAGACUCCAUAGCAAUAAUUUCACUAGUAGGGCUCACAAUAUUAACAGCUCACAAACAUCCUGGGCUUUUUUUCCUAAGCGAAACUAGAAAGCAGUCAAUUCAGCAUGUUUCACGAGCAAUAAAGUCCUUUAGUUAUACGCAGAACAAAUGCAACAGGGAUAGUACUUUUUCUCAGCCUUGAACUGUAGUGGCCACCUGUGUGUAAAGUUCAGACUUCAUGCUCAUUCAGUCAUUGGCCUCCAUUGUAACUGCUAACAAAGAUGCUAAUUAGAGCCAAGAAUGCUGGUGAUUUUAGGGAUGCCAUUAUCUGUGUAUUAGAAACUCACUGAGACCAUUGGCCAAUGUCACGUAGGUCUCAGCUUAGAGGUUGGCCACCAGCAAUCUAGGCUGGAUUUUAACUGGUAACCUGCAGGCUAGGCUUUGUUUUCUAUGAUCAGAUCUCAUAAUUGCUACACUUUAGAUUGAAGCAAAAAAACAAACAUCAUUCAAAUGCAACAUGUUUGUCUCCAAGUCCAGUUUUGUAUUUUGUAAUUUUUCCACAUUUUAUAGAUAAUUUCUUAGGGGGUGAAAUGGCCAUUGCACAAAAUCAAAAGAAGAAUGGACUAGAGGAUAGGGUAGCAAAAAGCCAUUGUUAAUUAAAGAUGACAGGGAGGCAGCACCAGAAAUAGAAUGACUCCUCUUAGUACAUCAGCCCAACUAGUGACACUCUCCUAUAACCAUUUAUGGCACAACAAACAAAUCCUAGCUUCUCACAUUCUCCCACACACAGAAAAGCCUAUGGGGUCAGCCUAUAAUUUACUGGUGGAAGGUUGCAUUGACACAGGUUUUACAAGUGAACUGGUUAAGAUUUGAUGCAGUACAUAAGCACUUUCUGGAGAUAAAGUCUUGAGCUUCUGUAAUCAAGCAUAGUCCUUAUUCCUGACUUUGUGAAGAAAGGGGUCUGAUAUUUGUAAUGAGUGAGCAAGUAAAACAAAUACUCUUGAAAAUAAAAUGAAUACUAAGAAGCACAGAGGAACAAACAUGGUAGUUGAAUGGUCCUUGAAUGUACACUGAAUGUCCUUCUGUAGCACUAAGAGGCAAAACACUCACAAGGCAAUGAAGACAAUGGGAGGUGAUGGGUACUCAUAACGUUUAAAAAUUAAACCACUUAUUUAGGUGCUUAAAUGUGGAUUUAGGACCCUACCUCUAUGCUUCUAGGUAAAAAUCCUGAUUCCAUGCAUGUCAGUGAAAGUUUUGCCAUAAGACACCUUUCUGUAGCUUUUUUCUGCAGUUUGUUUCUUAUACUUGGUAGACUUUUAGAGAAAGAUGUUAAAUUAAUUGUAAAGAGUUUGUUUUUAUUUAAAAUGUUUAGUCAUUUAAAAAUAAAGAGGAAAACAACAUUAUUGUAGAUGAAGCACAGUUUUUCCUUUUAAGUUCACUUUGACCCUAUGGGCCAGCUUUUGCCUUGAGUUACAACCCCUUUGAAAAUAACUUGUUUUCAGUUACACCUUGUAACCCCCCACUAAGCUCAAUGCCGGUUCAGCAUAUAAAAUGCUCUUUAAGAGAGAUUUCAGAGUAGCAGCCGUGUUAGUCUGUAUUCGCAAAAAGAAAAGGAGUACCCAUGGCACCUUAGAGACUAACAAAUUUAUUAGAGCAUAAGCUUUCGUGAGCUACAGUUCACUUCAUCGGAUGCAUGAGUUCAAACCCUUCUCAAAUUUCACACUUCAUUCUGAACAGCAUUAAGGGUUAAGUUUUCACCACUUCUGCCUUAUCUUUCUAUGUAGAAAGCGUCCUGAGAAUGAAUAGAUUUGCAUCUUUCUUUUGUUAUAGUCUUAGGACAGUCAGAGGAAUUGAUAUAUUUUACAGAGGAUUUUUCCAUGUACCUAUUUUAGUUCUGAGCAAAGUUAUCCCCCGUUUUUAAUGUAUGUUUAUUCUUGUUCUCAAUAUAUAUUUCAUUGUCUUGUAACAAAGACUGCAGCGAGCAUAGAAAGACAGCAUAAAAUGAAUCCAGUCUCUUGACAAUUUUACACCAAUAAUGAGAACAAAGAUGGCAGUUACACAUCUAUUGUCAUGACUGCUCUUGUAGCAAGAACAGAACAUGGUGCAAAAUAAAGCUAUCCUUGUGACAAAAUUAAUAUUGGAGUCUUUUAAGCUUCCUCAGAUGACAAUGAUAUCAAGCAUCUAAAUUCUGGAGGUGCUUUUUGUAAAAGUUGCAUUGCACUUUUUUAGACUGUAAUAAGAAAAACAGUAAUAAAUGGAAUGUACUCAUCUUCAAGCCUGCAUUCAGCUCUUGUCCCCUCAUCUCCAAAAGGGCAUAGUAAACAGAGCCCUCAGGGAAGGGCAACAAAAAGAAUAGAAGCAUGGAAUGGGGUGAGGAGUCAAAACAUGGAAAGACUUAAAAGGAUUAGGAUUAGGGUGAUUUAGGAGAUAUGAUACUCAUAGAGCAUUGGAUCCUGCAAGGUGCCCUCUACUCCUAUUGAAGCCAGUGGAAACUGAGGGUACUCAACUCUCACUAAAGUGCUCAACUUCCACUGGCUUCAAUGGAAGCUGAGAUUGGCACUCAACUCAUAGGAUCAAGGUCCCACAGAACAAUAAUUUGCGCAGAGAGGGUCAGUCAGGUGUUCUUAUAUUAUGGAAAAGGGUAAAUAAGAACAUCAGCACUCAUGUUAAAAUGCAUUGUUUAAUCUAGAUGAAAGAAACUCAUUUAUAGUUGGUUUAGCUUGUGGAACUAACUGAGGUAAGAUUUUAUUGAAGCAAAUAACUUGGAACAUUUCAGAAUUGGAUUAAACAUUUAUGUGAAUAAAAACAGUGUCAGCAAUUAUAAGAAAGAAAAUUUGAGGACCCUCAGUUCUCAUACUUCUGCCCAUACAAUGACAUGCAGAAGGAGUCUAAUGAGAAAUUUCUUACAUGAUAUAUUAGUGUACAAUUAUGGAGGUUUUACAUCUUCUGCAGGAUAUAGUAUAAAUCUUAAAACAUUUAUUUUCUUGAAUACCUUCUUUAAGCUGUGAGAAAAUAUGGUGUUGGCAGAGUGUACACUUAAAUGGAAAUGAAAUAUACACUACUCUUAUUAAAAAAUACAAGAAAAAUGUGGCAAAAUGUACUUCGACUAUAAUUUAGCAUGGCUAAUGUGCUACUGAUCACUAAUUGGAAGUGAUUUCACGUAGGAAUGAAAGAGAUAUGGAAGGUAACAAACAAAAUAUACUUUCUAGUGACUAAAACUUAACUUCAGCAUGUUACAAUCUUUGUCGAAGCAGGUUUCUCACCUACAGUCAGUUCCCAGAGACUUCACCCCUCUUCUUCCUUCCCCCCCCCCCCCUUGGUUGAAGGAUCAAGAUUUCAAGAGCUCUGGCCCCUUGUCUCUCUCAGCUGAUAGAUGCCAAAGUGGCUUUAUGUUUCUGCUUAUAUUUUCCAAAGUCUCUGUUUUAAGAGCCAGGAAGGCUUCCUGAGGGUACAACAUACCCCAUUUUGAUCGGUAAGUGGUCAUCUCCCCUAUCUGCUAGUUUUAUGGCUGUGUUUACUUUAAAUGUACUUCCAUUAUGCCUGUCCUCACCUUGCUCAAUUUACAUUGACAACACCGUGAAGCCGAUGAAACAACAUUCCUUUGGCUGGGUUAGGCUAAUGCACUGCUGGACAAACACGUUUUAAGACCAUAUUUCCAGCACACAGCUAUAAUUCUCUAUACAUCACCUGUAAUGACUGGCGUGUUACCAGUUUCGAUAGGAUACCUUACAGGAUGCCUUUUUUUUACAUAGAUUGCCUCAACUCACUGUUGUCAUAAUGAGUGUGUCAGACCUCAGGUGAGUUAUGGUAUGGUGGUGCCUUCUUCCAGUUGGCAAUAGAGAGGCACCCAGGGGGUCUCAGCUAUUUCUCAUUUUUUCCAUAAGCAUUUUCAACUUUGCUCAGUACGGGCUGUGUUACUAGGAAAGUGGCUACUCAUAAAAAUAUGCCAAUUGCCUUAGAUAACUUUACAAAUUUACUUCAAUAUUUCUAGUAUUCCAGUUAUAUCCUAUAUAAAGUAUAGGUAGGCUAGACAGGAUUAGAUUUUUAAUACCUAUAAACAUUGAUUUCUCCAUACUCACAUGUUGAUAAAAAAGUAUUUCCACUGAUGGCAGCAAAAUUUAUCAAUAGUCACAGUACAAAAAGUGCCGUUUGCAAACUUAUUAGAUUUUGAUUUAAGGAUGGUCGCUUUGUAUAUUUUGACAUAUGUUCUUGCUUCCACCCCCAUAAUUUCAUGAUAAUGAAAUUUUAAAUGGAUUAAAAAUAAGCUUACAAAUAAACAUUGAUAUUAUGUGUCAAAAAUUACAAAAAAUAAAAAUUGAAUUCUGCCAAGCCAAAGCAUAAGGGAAUAUUGUACCAUAGAUACUAACAUAAACUUAUCUUUUUAACUAAGGUAAAACUUUUUUUUUUGAGUACCCCACAUGAUGGAAAAGUAACUGUAUCCAGAAUCCAUCUUUGUAUUAGACACAGUGCUAGCAGAAGGCAAAGUAGCAUGAUAACUGCAUCAUUCACUCUGAAAUAGAGCUUCCAAGACAGAGAUGAAUUCUGAGAGCGGUGACUAGAUUUAGGAAAUAUUCAAUACAACAUUUUGUUCAAAACCUUCAAAAUAAUGUUUCAGCAAUGUGUGGCAAACACAGCCAUGUGUUUCAGCAAAGUGUGGCAAAUUUUACUUACCCCAAGGUGCAUAUUUUCCAGCAUUGAUGAGCUAUCUAAAUUUUUCCAGGUAUAUCUCAGCCUGGGAGGUAGAUGCCUGAGCUGCUUUCUUCUGAGAACUGAUUAAAACAUCAGGUAACAUUUUCAAAUGCAUCUGAGCGCUUUAGGAACCUAUCUUCCAUUUUCAAAAGAGUGUAACACCUGGUAACGAACUAAAGCUGGUUCAGCACUAUCUCCUAUUGAUUCCCAUGGCAACUAGGCAUGUAACCUGCUUUGGUGCUUUUGAAAAUCUGACAGUUUGCCUAUCCACAUCUCUAGGUGCCUAAAUACUGUAGAAAAUCUGGUCAUUAGGCACUUAAGUUUCAUAGCAAGUCAGUGGUACUUAAACUUUUAAAUGCCUACAUCAUUUUUGAAAAAAGGGACUUAGGAGCCUCAAUCAUUUAAAUGUUUCUAAAAUUUUGCCCAUCAUCUAAAUAAUUCUAUGAGCAGGGUUUAGAUUGGGAGCCUGAACUAGUUAGGUUGGUGUCCAACUAGACAUAAAACAUGUAAAAGGAAAUGUGAAAUUUUAGAAAUGUGCACAAUUUCAACAUCUCAAUGGUGUUAAUUUCAGAAAGAGCUUUAAAAUAAAUUUCUCAGAACAUUGAGAAAGUCAUCUUGCUACCCGAUGAUCAUUAAAGACAGGAGCAAACAAUUAAAUUUAAUUGGAGAAACAAGGCAUUAGCAAUUAAUUGUAGCCCUGGAAUAAGCAAAUACAACUCCACUGAAUUCAGUGGAGGCAUUUACAGCCUGGGUUUCCUCUCACUUACAUCUGUGUAACUCAGUGAGGUAGAUGGUAACUGUGCUGGUGUCAAUCAAUGGACUUCAGAGGACCAUCCCCACAUGACAAUCACUUAGCCUACUGAGUUUAAAUGGAACUUUAGAGGUGUAAAGUAGAUAUGAGAAAAUCUGCCCCCUGGUUUCCAGAAGUUUUAAGACUGCAAGUAAUCUUCGCCCUAGGAUCUGUUAUUUGAAACAGUUUCUUUUCAUAGCUCAGCCCAGACCAUUCCCCAAAUCCAAAGUUCCCUGCCUGACUCAAUCUUUCAAGUACAACCCAACAUACACUUUUAGCUCCCUUCUCUCCCCCUCUCAGUAACAAACUCU